AUGUUCUGGAGUGCCGAACUAUCACCAGAGGAGGAGGAGAAUGCGUAUCUGGACAUCCUGUUAAUCACACCCCAAGCUCUCGAAGAGGUCAAAUCAAUUGCAGGUCUGCCCCACAGCCUUCGUUCCCGCCGCGAUGCAAUAAAAGAGUUCUCGGAAGCCCGAUUACUUCGCCGCCACAAGCAUGCGCAGACCCCCAGUCUCACUUUGGUGAUCCCUUGA